CGCGGAUAUUCUUGCAUAAGUUGUGAUUUGAAGUGCCUCCACUCGUCAAUAUAUGAUGACAAUUGAGAUCGAAAUUUUUGCCUCUAGGGCAUAUAGUGUACAGCCGGAAUAGAUGUAGUUUCAUACCGGCUAAAUCAAGCAUGACACAAGACUUUAACACAGCCUUAUCAUAUCCAAUACAAUAUUCGGCGAAUUGUUCUCUUCACUAAUCUGUCAUCUGGUGUGCCUCAUUAGAACGUUGCCAUUAGCACGUGACCUGUUACUGUAUUUGCUACGUUGUUACAUUUAAAGUGACAGCUUAUCAAGAUCAUCGCCAAGUGAUCUGGCCAACACAUGCAGCGCUCGGGCUCUGCCAGUAUGAACAAGACUAAAAAGACAAUUACAUAACGUUUGGCAUGCAAUGAAUACUGUGUCGAUUGCGUACACUGAGCAUGCAUUUUUCUUCAUACUAUGCUUAGAUCUUGACUCGGACAAUCCUGAAUACACUUUGUCUACUACCAUUCAAUGCUCUCAUAGACACCAAUGUGCUCUCAUUUCGGACGUUAGGCUAUGUGCCGGCCACACUAUUACACAUCAACCGCGGUGAAAAUAUCAUGGAGGGUACGUUAACACGAAUAUUACUGAGUACGAGAUCGAGGAGAUGAAGUUGAAACCUGAACAGUUGACAGGGCAUGCGGGUUACUAACAUUUUAGGUUUCAUGUAAUGAAACAUUGAGAUAUUGACAAGGCUAACUUCAAGUUAAACAUGUCACCCUUUCAUUCGAGUGAGUGCUUUUAAACACCUGAAGUGCCUGAUAUUAAAAUAUUUGGCGCUUAAAAAUUCGUCAGCUCCGUGCCCGACGGACGAAUAAAAAGCAUCCUCUGUGCAGGGUGCCAUGAUAAAAUAGGUUAUAGCUAGUUAAUCACUCGAGUUACUCUUUCCAGCCUCCGUUAGAAAAUUAGAGCUUUAUAUCGUUGAGCACAGGCGGCUUUAUAAUCCUGACAGCUCGUCAAACCAUGUAUCCAACCGACCACCUAAGGAGUUAUCUCGGGCAAGCUUUGUGCCUUAACAUUCACGCUGAAGUGUGCUGGUGCAGGAUGAUGAAAGCAUGUGAUCC